AUGGCGGCAAUAUGCACACCUCCUGGCCACCCGGGCGCCAACGUCGCCUUGAUCGCUGCCCAAUUCGGGCACCAGCUGAAGCUCACUGUGCAGCCUCCCGAUGCUGACCUCAAGGAGCCCGUGCUGACCACCGCAGACGGAGAACAAAUCCAGCAGAGCGAUGCAAUUGCCCGCUACGUGGCCUCUGCCGGCGGCGCUGCCGACCUCUACCCCGCCGCCGCCGCCGCCGCGAUCGACGCAUGGCUGGCGACGGCGCUCGGCAUCGAGCGGGCCGCAGCGGCGUGGUGCCAGCCGGGCAGCGCCGCCGCCACCGCCGAGCAGCGCGCCGCCGCUAGGGCGCAGCUGGAGGCGGUGCUUGUGCAGCUGGAGACGGCUCUGGCUGGCAGCAGCCGCCUGGCAGGCGCCGCCACCACGCUGGCCGACGUGGCAGUGCUCAGCAGCCUGCUGCCGCUGUACCAGGAUGUGCUUGGCCUGGACGCGCAGCAGCAGUUUGGCAGCGUCACGCGCUGGCUGCAGGCCUGCGCAGCAGAGCCCCAGUUUGCCGCCGUGCUGGGCGCCGUGAGCCUGUGCCAGCAGCCGACGGGCUGGGCGGAGGCGGCGGCGGCGGCGGCCGGCGUGGCCGAGGGCGGCAAGAAGAAGAAGAAGAAGAAAAAGGGCGGCGGCGGCGGCGGCGGCGGCGAGGAUGGCGCCAGCGAGUCGGCUCCCAGCACACAGGCCUCUGCCGCCAACCUGGAGGAGAUGGAUCCGGAGAGGGCCGCCCGCAAGGCCGCCAAGCUUGCCGAGAAGGAGGCGAAGAAGGCCAAGGCGGCGGCCAAGGAGGCCGCCAAGGCCGCCGCCGCCUCCGACGCCGGCGCCCCCAAGGACGACGGCGGCAAGAAGGCGGGCAAGAAGGCGGAGGCUGAGGCCAAGAAGGCGGCCGAGGCGGCGGAGGCGCAGGCGUGGCUGGAGGCCGCACGUGCCACGCCUGCCGGGGAGAAGAAGGUGCUGCCUGCAGAGAUGCCUAAAGGGUAUGUGCCCAAGGCUGUAGAGACUGCGUGGUACGAGUGGUGGCAGCAGCGCGGCUUCUUCAAACCAGACCUAAACUCGGACAAGCCUCCUUUCGUGAUUGUCAUCCCGCCGCCCAACGUGACGGGCUCGCUGCACAUCGGCCACGCCCUCACAAACGCCAUUGAGGACACGGUGGUGCGCUGGCGGCGCAUGAGUGGCUACAACACGCUGUGGGUGCCCGGUACCGACCACGCCGGCAUCGCCACGCAGACGGUGGUGGAGAAGAAGAUUGCGAGGGAGCAGGGCAAGACGCGGCACGACAUCGGCCGCGAGGGGUUCCUGGCAGAGGUGUGGGAGUGGGUGGGUGAGUAUGGCGACCGCAUCUGCAGCCAGCUGCGCCGCAUGGGCUCCUCUGUGGACUGGGACCGUAAGACCUUCACAAUGGAUGAGAACCUGAGCGCCGCCGUGAAGGAGGCGGACAACCGCCUGGUCAACUGGUGCUGCAAGCUGCGCACCGCUGUCUCUGACAUAGAGGCCCGCGUGACUGUGGUGGAGUACUUGAAGGAGCGGGGCCUGUUCCGAGGCACCCUGGACAACCCCAUGCGCCUGGGCCUGUGCUCGCGCUCCAAGGACGUGAUCGAACCCGUGCUCAAGCCGCAGUGGUGGGUUAACUGCCAGCAGAUGGCGGCGGACGCGUGCGCCGUGGUGCGGGACGGCCGCCUGGAGAUCAUUCCCCGAGAGUUUGAGGCGACAUGGUUCAGGUGGAUGGAGAACAUCCGGGACUGGUGCGUGUCGCGGCAGCUGUGGUGGGGGCACCGCAUCCCCGCCUACUAUGUGGCGCUGGAGGACGAGGCAGAGGAGCAGCGGGGCAACCCCGGGGCCCCCAGCGAGCACAUGGAUCGCUGGGUGGUGGGGCGGGACGAGGGCGAGGCGCUGGCGGCUGCGCGCCAUCGCUUCCCCGGCCGGCCGGUCAAGGUGGUGCAGGACGAGGACGUGCUAGACACCUGGUUCUCCUCUGGCCUCUUCCCCUUCUCAGUCUUCCAGUGGCCGCAGCAGACGCCUGAGCUGGCGCGGUUUUACCCCACGUCCCUGCUGGAGACGGGACACGACAUCCUCUUCUUCUGGGUCGCGCGCAUGGUGAUGAUGGGCAUGAAGCUGACGGGAGAGGUCCCCUUCAAGCAGGUCUUCCUGCACUCCCUGGUGCGCGACGCGCACGGCCGCAAGAUGAGCAAGUCGCUGGGCAAUGUCAUAGACCCCAUCAACGUGAUUGAGGGCAUCACUCUGGACGGCCUGCACCAGACGCUGCUGGGUGGCAACCUGGACCCCAAGGAGGUGGAGAAGGCGGCGUCGGGGCAGCGAGCAGACUUCCCAGACGGCAUCGAGGAGUGCGGCACCGACGCGCUGCGCUUUGCGCUGGUGGCCUACACCUCGCAGGGUCGCGACAUCAACCUGGACAUCAAGCGCGUGGUGUCGUACCGCCACUGGUGCAACAAGCUGUGGAACGCCAUCCGCUUUGCCAUGAUCAACCUUGGUUCAGAGUUCCAACCCUCGGAGGCGCUGGACGUCCCCUCCUUCCCGUUUGCCAGCCGCUGGAUCCUGAGCAAGCUCAACGGCGCGGUGGGCACCACCAUCAGGGGCAUGGAGGCCUACGAAUUCUCCAUCGCCACCUCGGCUGUGUACAAUUUCUGGCAGUACGAGCUGUGCGACGUGUUCAUCGAGCUGAUGAAGCCGGUCAUGGCGCUGGACGACGCAGCCGAGGGCGCAGCGGCGGCCAAGCAGGCCACGCGCGACACGCUGUGGGUGUGCUUGGAGGCGGGCUUGCGCCUGCUGCACCCCUUCAUGCCCUUUGUCACCGAGGAGCUGUGGCAGCGGCUGCCGCGGCGCCCCGGCCAGCAGCAGGCCGCCUCCAUCAUGGUGGCCGACUACCCGGCGCCCGUUGAGGGCUGGAGCAGCGAGCAGGCGGAGGCUGACAUGGCGUACAUGCUGCUGGUGGUCAACAGGACGCGUGCACUGCGGGCAGACUACGACCUGACGACGCGGCAGCGGCCGCCCAUGCUGCUGCGCUGCAAGGACGCGGCCAAGGCAGCGCUGCUAGCGAGCUGCGGCGUGGAAAUCACCACACUCACGACCAACGCCUCGCUGCAGAUGCUGGCGGAGGGCGAGGCGGCGCCUCCGGGCUGCGCUGUGGCCAUCAUCGACGAAGUCACCACCGUCUAUCUCUCCCUCAGCGGCGUGCUGGAUGCGGCCAAGGAGCUGGAGAAGCUGAGCAAGCGGGAGGGCGAGGCGGUGGGCAAGCUGGACCAGUUGCAGCGCAAGAUGGCGCUGCCUGGCUACCAGGACAAGACCCCCGAAGACAUCAAGGCUCUGGAGCUGGAGCGGGUGGUGAAGAUGGAGGCGGAGCUGGAGGCCAUCCGGCACCACAUCGCAGACAUGCGCACGCUGCUGGCCGAGGCGGCGGCGGCGUGA